AUGAACCUCCUCUACCGAAAAACCAAGCUGGAGUGGAGGCAGCACAAGGAGGAGGAGGCCAAGAGGAGCUCCAGUAAGGAGGUGGCCCCUGCAGGCUCCGCAGGGCCGGGGGCCGGCCCAGGGCCUGGGGUCCGCGUGCGGGACAUCGCCUCGCUGCGCCGCUCCCUCAGGAUGGGCUUCAUGACAAUGCCAGCCUCCCAGGAGCACACCCCCCACCCCUGCCGCAGCGCCAUGGCCCCACGCUCACUCUCUUGCCAUUCAGUGGGCAGCAUGGACAGUGUUGGGGCUGGGCCUGGGGGGGGAGGUGGGGGUCUCACAGAGGACAGCAGUGCCCGAAGACCCCCUGCCAAGCCCCGGAGACAUCCUAGCACCAAACUCAGCAUGGCAGGGUCGGGGGCAGACAUGCCCCCAGGCAAGAAAGCAGGCUCACAGAAGCCAACCCCAGAGGGCCGAGAGUCCAGCCGGAAGGUUCCUCCGCAGAAGCCCAGGCGAAGCCCCAACACUCAGCUCUCUGUCUCCUUUGAUGAGUCCUGCCCCCCAGCUCCCUCUCCUCGAGGGGGGAAUCUGCCCCUUCAGCGCCUCAGUAGGGGGUCCUGUGUAGCUGGGGACCCUGAGGUGGGUGCCCAGGAAGAGGAGCCCGUGUACAUUGAGAUGGUGGGGGAUGUCUUCAGGGGAGGAGGGCGAAGUGGAGGGGGCCUGACUGGGCCCCCUCUUGGGGGCAGAGGCCCGACCCCUCCAGCUGGUGCCGACUCGGACUCGGAGGAGAGCGAGGCUAUAUACGAGGAGAUGAAGUACCCACUGCCCGAGGAGGCAGGGGAAGGCCGGGCCAAUGGGGCCCCUCCAUUGACCGCAACCUCCUCGCCACACCAGCCUCAGGCCCUGCAGCCCCACACCCACCGCCGGCCAGCUUCAGCCCUCCCAAGCCGGAGGGAUGGGACACCUACCAAGACCACUCCUUGUGAAAUCCCCCCACCCUUCCCCAACCUCCUCCAACACCGUCCUCCGCUCCUGGCCUUCCCCCAAGCCAAGCCUGCUUCCCGAACCCCUGGCGAUGGGGUCUCAAGGCUACCGGUCCUCUGCCACUCGAAGGAGCCAGCGGGCUCCACCCCAGCUCCCCAAGUGCCUGCCCGGGAGCGGGAGACGCCUCCCCCGCCGCCUCCGCCUCCUGCUGCCAACCUGCUGCUGCUGGGACCCUCAGGCCGGGCCCGGAGCCACUCAACACCGUUGCCACCCCAGGGCUCUGGCCAGCCCCGGGGGGAGCGGGAGCUCCCCAACUCCCACAGCAUGAUCUGCCCCAAGGCGGCAGGGGCGCCGGCAGCCCCUCCUGCCCCAGCCGCCUUGCUCCCUGGCCCCCCCAAGGACAAGGCUGUGUCUUACACCAUGGUGUACUCGGCGGUCAAGGUGACCACGCACUCCGUCCUGCCAGCUGGUCCGCCCCUGGGUGCUGGGGAGCCAAAGACGGAGAAGGAGAUCUCAGUCCUCCAUGGGAUGCUGUGCACCAGCUCGAGGCCCCCAGUGCCUGGGAAGUCCAGCCCCCACAGCGGGGCCAUGGGCGCAGCAGCUGGGGUCCUCCACCAUCGUGGCUGCCUGGCCUCCCCGCACAGCCUUCCGGACCCAACCGCAGGCCCCCUGACUCCCCUCUGGACCUACCCAGCUGCAGCAGCUGGGCUCAAGAGACCCCCUGCCUAUGAGAGCCUCAAGGCUGGGGGGGUGCUGAAUAAGGGCUGUGGAAUGGGGGCCCCAUCCCCCAUGGUCAAGAUCCAGCUUCAGGAGCAAGGGACCGAUGGGGGUGCCUUUGCCAGCAUCUCCUGCGCCCACGUCAUCGCCAGUGCAGGGACACCAGAGGAGGAAGAAGAGGAGAUGGGCGCCACGACAUUUGGGGCAGGCUGGGCUCUACAGAGGAAGGUCCUGUAUGGAGGGAGGAAGGCAAAAGAGCUGGACAAGAUCGAGGAUGGUGCCCGGGCCUGGAACGGCAGUGCCGAGGGUCCAGGCAAGGUGGAGCGUGAGGACAGGGGCCCUAUGGCAUCAGGGAUCCCGGUGAGGAGUCAGGGGGCAGAGGGCCUGCUGGCCAGGAUCCACCACGGAGGGGACCGAGGAGGGAGCCGCACAGCGCUGCCCAUACCCUGCCAGACGUUUCCUGCCUGCCACCGCAAUGGAGACUUCACGGGAGGCUACCGCCUGGGGCGCUCCGCCUCCACCUCUGGAGUCCGGCAGGCCGCGCUCCACACACCCCGGCCCUGCAGCCAGCCUAGGGAUGCCCCAAGCCAGACCCACCCCGCGCUGCCGCUGCCGCUGCCCCUACCGCCUCAGCCUGCCCGUGAGCGCGAUGGCAAGCUGCUGGAGGUGAUAGAGCGCAAGCGCUGCGUGUGCAAGGAGAUCAAGGCCCGCCACCGCCCCGACCGAGGCCUCUGCAAGCAGGAGAGCAUGCCCAUCCUCCCCAGCUGGCGGCGGGGGCCCGAGCCCCGCAAGUCCGGCACCCCACCCUGCCGCCGGCAGCACACGGUCCUCUGGGACACUGCCAUCUGA